ACUUGAAAAUAGAGACAGUGUUUGAUUCUUCGCUAAAAUCUCUCCAAACCUUCGAAAACCUAGUUCUUGAUCUUGGUUGUCAAUGGAUCCACACUACGAACAGAGGUUAGUGGACGAAGUAAUUUACCUCCAUUCUCUCUGGCACCAAGGCCCUCCCUCAAGAUCAUUACCCUAUACAAAUCUACAACCUAUCACUCCCACUCAAUUCAAGAAACACAAGAAAACCCCCAAAUUUAAACCCAGGAACCCCAAGAAGGUCGGCAGUUUCUCCGGCACCGAAUGGCCGGUGAAACCUCUUCCCGAAGCCCCUCAAUUAACUCAAUCUGGAUGGCCGGAAUUGAAGCUAAAACCUAAUCCACAACAAACAACUCGUUUGCUAACACCAGAAGAACUAGAAAACCACAACUGGAACCAGAUCCAGCAAAGGGCAUUGAAGGCCGCGAAAGAAUUUUACUCCAGAAAUAGCGGUAGCGAUGAUGAAGAGAGCGAUGAAGACGACGAAGACGACGAUAUGGAUGAAGAAGACGGUGAUGUUAAUGAGAAAGAAUACGAUUUCUUUUGGAAAAUGUUUAACGAAGAUGAAGAAUUGAAGGGUUAUUAUGUAAAGCAUUGUGGUGGUGGAGGUGAAUUUUCAUGUCUGGUCUGUGGCGGAGUGAAUGAGAAGAAGCAUCUGAAAAGGUUGAAAAAGUUUAAAGAAUGUGUUGCUCUGGUGCAACAUUCGACUUCCAUUGCAAAAACGAAGAAGAUUAGAUCACACAGAGCUUAUGGCCGAGUUAUCUGUAAAGUUCUUGGGUGGGAUAUCGAUAGGCUUCCUUCUCAAAUCGUCACAGAGCAUAAUCCUAGUGAAUUACAGGGAAAUGAUGUUAAUGGUGCUUGUAAUUCUGGUUUUAACAAGAUUAUAGAUGAUGGGUCGUUGAAUUUGGAGGUGAAUCCUGAUGAAAAAGCUCAUGAUUCAGAAACUGUUGAUGAUGAAUCCAUGGUUUGUGAGGAGUCUUUGACAUUAGCAAACGUAGAAGAAGAAGAAGAUACAGGGAAACAGGCUUUGAAUGAUGUGGAAACGACCACAAGGGGUGUAGUCAACAAUCUUGAACAUGUCAUCAACAAUGGUGCUAGAAGCAGCAGAAACAAGAAAGUAGAGAUGAAUAUGAAUUUGCUGCUUGAAAUCUUAUGUUCCGCCCCUGAUGACAAGUGUGGCAACUCGAACCUAGCAAAUGACAAGUUUUGGCUAAUGUGUGGCAAAAAUGACGUGGUGCCCAUAUGGGCGAAACCUGCAAGUAAAAUGAAUUGCUAAAGGAAUGAAGAAACAUUGCUGGGAAAAUUGACCAUGCUUCAAUGUUUUGGUCAUAACUCAAGUUCUGGAGCUUCGAUUGACAUGAAUCAAGAAGUUCUGGAAACUAGACAAGAUUUGCUACAACUUUCGUGUUUUGAGUUUCUGCUAGUUAUGUAAUUUUGAUCACCCAAACUUGCACGGAAGGUGAAGGAUGCCUCCAGGCUUCUAAGACGUUCCCCAGGACGUCCAAGUCAAAAGGUAAACAUCUAGGCAAAUUUCGCAACAGAAAAAAAGGAGGAUCCCGUCUGCGUCUUACAUGACGUCUAAGACGGCCCCUAGGAUGUCUUGGCGUUUUAGGGGCAUCUUGUGUUGGAACGACGUGUUUCAGAAAGCAUAGGAAUCAAUGAAGGACGUCCUAGAAUGCAUCUAAGACGUCUAACGUUUUAGGCUAAUUUUUAGUGUAUUUCAAGGACGACUGAAGGCAUGUAAAGAGGUACGAAGAACGCCUAGGCGUUAUACAUGACAUCUAAGACAUCUCCUAGGACAUCCAACGUCCCACAUCACCCAAUUUCGCUAUUUUUUGCCAAAUAUUAUAAAUAGGGACCUAGGCAUUCGUUUUUAGGGUUCCACCUCCGAUUUUCAGACCUUUUUCCUGCAUUUUUGAGGCUUCUAAAACGCUUGGAAACAUUUGGAAACACAAAUCCAUUCCAUUUUCAAUCCGGAUUCAAGGCAAGAUUUCAUC